AUGCUGGGAGAGGUUUUAUCGGUGGUUUGGCUACUUCUUCUGGGUUAUUGUCUCGGUAAGAGUCCACCUUCCAAUGAAGUCACUUCCGCCAGGCAAGGAAGAUUCUUUCCUUUCUACACAAUUGGACGCUUCCAGAAUAGCGUCUGUACGGGCGGAAAUAAUCUCCUGGGUACGUGUCAGGUGAAUGGGGAAUGUUCAGACAAUGGAGGGAUUUCCACGGGAUCUUGCAGCACUGUUACAGCUCAGGCUGUUUGCUGUGUUUAUCAAAUGGCCUGCGGGAGGUCAACGAGCUUCAAUAAUACCUACUUCUACAAUCCUGGCUUCCCGGAGUCCUAUCGUGGAGGUAACAGAUGCACAGUUCAGGUGUCACGAUGCGAUGAUAGUAUUUGUCAGCUUCGCAUUGACUUCCUGGACUUUUCGUUGGCACAGCCGAAUGGCGAUGGAAGCUGUUUAACGGAUUUCAUGACGGUCACAGGGGGUUCAUCGCGUGUUCCGCGUCUCUGUGGUGAGAAUACCGGGCAGCAUGUCUAUGUGGACUUCAAUGGGAAUGCCCCAAUAACCAUUGCUAUGCUCACAACGGGCUCGGAGCCAUUUGCACGGCAUUGGAACUUCCGUUUGUCACAGAUUGCAUGCGAUUCGGAAUUUAGGGCUCCAUCGGGAUGCCUCCAGUACCAUCUUGCUGAGUCCUCAGAUGCGCCACUGCAGAGCUUCAACUAUGCCCCAAUGCCCAAUCCACUACCCAAUUCCAUUGGGGUUACGGGGACAAGGCAACUGGCGGGGUUACAGUAUGGAAUUUGUAUCCGGAUGGGAGCUAAUAUGUGCAGCAUUACGUAUUCUUUGCCAGAUGGUCAACCGUAUGCCUUCACGGUGACAGGAGAUGUUGGAGCAAUUGAUCCCACCCUCCUGGGCACGAUAGAUGUCUCCAGUCAGAUGUGCACGACGGACUAUGUGAUUGUUCCGCAUCCAAGCCAAAAUGGGAUACUCCUCAACACCGGAACAGACCGUUUCUGUGGCCUUGGCUUUGCUCCCACCACCAGUGACAUCAAACCCUUCGUUCUGUACGUUGUUCAGGAUCAAAAUGAGAAUAUGGACAUUGCCAACAGAGGAUUUGCUCUCACAUAUUCGCAAAAUCAAUGCCCGGUUGUAUUUUAGCAAUAAAGAUCUUCUCUCUAGAA